AUGAGCAUGGAAACAGCGCCGACCUCCUCCAUCGCGGCUGCAACUGCGACCGUGCCGCCCAGCGGCCAACCCCUGGCGCUCGACGGCAUCCUCCUUCUCGAGCAGCCUUUCGCGCGUUCCCCCUACGAUGAGCUGCGACGACAGCUCAGAUCUCAGCAGCGCUUGUUUGAGCGCGAGUUCCAUUUCUGCCACUCGACGCUCUCGGCGUCGGGCGCGCAGCCUUCCGCGGUCAUCAAGCGAUCCAAUGAUAAGGACAAUGCCAACGAGAGAGACGGAGCGGCCGGCGGUGUCGCUUCCACCGGCGAUGCAGACGGACUUUUUGUGGACAUUUCCACUGCUAAGGAAGCGGCGGCACAUGCUGAAAGUGAAUCUAUGGAAGCUAUUGAGUCGUCUAAGAGUCCAAAAAAGAAAGUCAAGGAGGGAGGGUCUGCCAGCCCAAAUGUCACGAUCAGCGCCAACGGGACACGCAAGCGUCUCAUUGCAGCCUCAAGCUUGGCAGCGAAGGACGUGGUCAGUGCAGCGAGCGAGAAGCUGGAGAACGCGGCGGUGACAGCAGACGUGUCCAUGGACGAAGACGUCUCCAUGUCUGUCUAUAUUGCUUCAGCAGACGUCUCCAUGCUCGAGCCACCUCCCUCUCUGUCACGAGCAUCCGCCGCUGGAUCAAGCGGCCCAUCGUCUUCGUUUGGUGGGAGCACUCCUGCUGCUGAACGGGACCGCGAACUCAGACCGCAAGAUCGUGGACUCGCGGCACACAGAGCACUGCUGAGCGACCCAGCGCAGGUAAAAGCCGAUGCUGAAUCCGCUGUGCAAGGAAUUGACACGAUGUUGACGCGGUUGAGGGGCUUAAAACGAAAACUCUCACCCCUAUCCACCCAGAUGAGCAGCACCACAAAGCAAGCCCAGGCGCGAAUCACGCAUCUUCAGUCACUGCAUUCUAUCCCGUCCACUUCAUCACCCGCCUACGAAAAUUUUGCUCGGAAAAGGCUCGACAGAGUGCUCUCCGACUUUAUGCUCCGCAAAGGCUAUGCGCAGACAUCCAAGGCGCUUAGCCAGAAGCGCUCUUCGACGAGCAAAAUAGAUGAUGGCGUCGAUUUCUCCAUGUUAGUCGACAACGACAUUUUUCAAGAGAUUGAGCGGAUCGAGAGGACGCUUGUGUCACCGUCCAAAACGGUCGUGCCUGGGGAGGUGAACAAAUCGACCUGUGCGGCGGCACUGGCUUGGUGUGCAGAGAACAAGGCUGCAUUGAAGAAGAUCAAGUCCACCCUGGAGUUUGAGCUUCGUCUUCAGGAAUUCAUCGAGCUCGCUCGGCUCAGCACCCCCGAGUCGCUUCAGGAAGCGAUCCUUUAUGCUCGCCGCCACCUCAUUCCAUUCUGCGUGCAGCCAGUUCCUCCUGCGUCACCGACGUCUGGCACGGAUGCAAGCAUGACAGCGGCAGCGAUCGCAGACGCGCGCGAAGAUUACGAGCUGGCGCUGAGCCUGCAGUCUGCUGUCUUCCGCGCCAUGGGCCUGCUGGCCUGCCGAGCGGGUGGAUGGACGUAUGAGGACCUGUACCACGAAGGGAGAUGGCUGACGCUGCGCGAGACUUUCCGAGCGUGCGCGCUGGAGAUCCACAGUCUACCACCUAUGCCGACGAUCCACAUUGCGCUGUCCGCAGGUUUGAGUACCCUCAAGGUGCCCGCUUGCUACAGCCAUACCAAGCCCCAAGCAGCCGAGAACGGUGGCAAGGGAAAGGGCGACUCCAAUGGGAGUACCGCAGCGGCCGAAUCAGUCUCUCGCGAAACGGAGGUGUUCGUUCCCACGUUCCCACCAGCGGCUGGCGUCAUUGUCGAUGAAGUCGAAGAUUCGCAGCGCUCUGCUGCCGCCACCGGUGCUGAGGCUGAUGUAGGCACCGCCAGCGCGCACUUUCCACCAGGCACCUCAGGCGUAUCCGCUUUGGGUGUCACAGCUGCCACGAACGCGUCAAGUAAUCGACCGCUUGCGGCGGCCUCGACUGCGACUGCGUCUGUCUCGCAUGCGCACAUGCACACAUGUAGCAGCCAGCUCAACGACGGGCGAAACGUUAAUUGCCCUGUGUGCGACACAAACGGCCUGGGCCUGCUCGCGAAGGAAGUGCCGUGGAGCCACCAUGCGAAUUCGACACUCAUCUGCCGCAUACAGGGCACGGUGAUGAACGAGGACGACCCGCCGCUUGUCCUGCCGAACGGGCGUGUCUAUUCUACUAGUGCCCUCACGCACCUCGCCAUCAAGAGCGGCGACGAAACUAUCACUUGCCCUGCUACGGGCUCAACGUUCCCGUUUGGCUCGACAAGAAAGCUUUACAUUUCUUGA